GCCCAAACAAGAAGUCUAUUUGCAUGCUGCGACCUGCAGUGUAGUUGCCUACCCGCGUUGCAACUCAAAUAAAGCUACGAAAGGUGCUCGCGUUCAUUCCUGCGACACCUAGACAUAAAAUAAGAUGUCCAUAAACGCCGAAGGCAUCUAUGCCGCUCUUCCGUCCACAUCUAGAGGCUUGCCUACCCCUCUAAGCUCUGACUCCAAGGGCGAGCGCAUUGCGUACGCCGCCAACAAGUCCAUAUUUCUUCGAUCCAUCGACAAUCCUGCUAUAUCCACUCAGUAUACCCAACACACAACCACUACCACAGUCGCCAGAUUUGCGCCUUCCGGCUUCUAUUGUGCCUCUGGUGAUGCUUCAGGCAUUGUUCGGGUUUGGGACUGCUCACCCAAUGGGUCAGGAGCGACAAAAGGAGAAUAUGCCAUCAUAUCAGGCCGGAUCAAUGACAUCGCGUGGGACGGUGACAGCCAGCGCAUUAUAGCAGUGGGCGACGGAAAACAACGUUAUGGACACUGCGUGACGGCGGACUCGGGCAACACAGUGGGAGAGAUAAGCGGGCACUCUGCACAGGUCAAUGCGGUCAGCAUCAGACAACAAAGACCCCUGCGAGCAGCUACAGGAGGUGAUGACAAAAACUUGGUCUUCUAUCACGGGGCUCCAUUCAAAUUCAAUGGCAUCCCUGGCCGAGGAAACCAUACGAAUUUCAUCUACGGAGUUGCCUUCUCACCUGACGGCAACCACCUGGUCAGCGUCGGCGGAGACAAGAAGAUCUAUUUAUACGACGGUAAAACUGGGGAGGUGAAUACUGAGAUUACGGAUGGCUCAGAAGGCCACAAGGGCAGUAUUUUCGGGGUCUCGUGGUCCAAAGAUUCGAAGAACUUUGUGACUUGUUCCGCAGAUCGGACUGUCAAGACCUGGGAUGUGGAAGCUGGGAAAGUCACGCAUACCUGGUCUUUUGGCGAUGCUAUGGCUGUUUCGGAUCAGCAAGUCGGUGUCGUAUGGCCUGCAGGCAGGUCAGAUGGAUUGAUUAUAUCUCUGUCUCUGAGCGGCGACCUCAACUAUUUACACACCGGCUCAAGCAAACCCUCAAAAGUCAUUUCAGGUCAUCAGAAGAACAUCACGGCCCUUACGUCUUCCGGAGAUGUGGACAGUGCAACUCUGUGGACAGGCAGUUCUGAGGGGCGAUUAUGCUCCUGGGAUGCUGCAAACGGUGCGGCGGAGACAAUCGAGGGCGACGGACCUACCAACAUCAUCUCAGGACUUGCUGCUGCGCCUUCUGGAAAACACCCUCAGGUCUUUACUGUUAGCUGGGAUGAUACCUUGAGAACAGUCGACGCCGGAGCCAAGACGUUUACGGGGAAUUCGACAAAAUUGUCAUCGCAGCCAAAAGCUAUAGCCUGCACGACGGACUCUCUGGUUGUUGUAGCUCAACUAGAAAGCGUCAUUGUCUACAAAGAUGGGGAAGAAGACGGCGAGCUGCCUUUGAAAUCAACGCCCACAUCUCUCGCCUCUCACGGCAGCACAGUCGCAAUUGGUUCUCAGGAUUCCAGCCUUCGUCUAUUCUCGGUUGUGCCUGGAAAAGCGCCCAAGCAGGUUGCGUUUGUUGAACAGGUCUCUGCCCAUCCGCUAACGGCUAUAUCCUUCUCAAAUGAUGGCUCGAUGUUGGCAGUUGGUUCUGCUGCAGGAAAAAUCUAUGUCUACAAGAUCAGCACUGGAAUCACAGGCCUCGUAACUGGAACCUCCUCACUCGAGCUUGUGACCGAUCGUUGGAGCGCUCAUACGGCAAAGAUCACCUGUAUUGCCUGGAAUCCAGAAGGAACAGGGGCGGCUUCUGGCAGCCUGGAUACCAAUAUUUUUGCUUGGAGUCUGAAGGAACCUGGAAAGCGGGUCAAGGAGACGAAUGCGCAUAAAGAAGGAGUCAACGGUCUCGUUUGGCUUGGAGACACUGUGUACAGCACCGGAGCAGAUGCCACGGUCAAGAAGUGGAAGAUCAAGAUAGCCUAGAUGGAUGCAUAGACGUUACGAGGCACAUGGCGUUACGAGCUGAUGAGGGACUAGGCGGUCUCCUGGAUGAGACAGCCUGAUUCCAUGAGGACGAGCGAGGCUGCGGGCGCCCUCGCGGCUUAACGAGGCCAGGUAGCGAAAUGAUUAGCAUCAAUAGCCAGCACUUGUCCCUGAAGGUCCUUUAUGUAAGCUCGUAACAACAUAGACUCGAUAUUCGUUCA